UUAUCCACGCCGAAGCUUCACUUCUCUCAUUUCCCCAUUUCUCUCUCUCAAAAAUCCACGGAAAUGGAUUUCUUCUUCUUCGACAAAGCAGAGAAGCUUUCUACUCCCAUUCCCCGUUGCAAUCUCCUCCAAAUCUUCUCCAAGUUCUUCCGUUUUCUAGAACUUUCCUUCCUCCUCCUCUCCCUCUCAUGGAUCUUCUCUCGCCUUCCCAUCGCCCUCAGAAUCUCUGCCGAGUAUUCCACUAAACUCUUCGCCUUCAUCGCCACUCCUCUCUUCGGUUUCCUCCUCUGCAACGCCAUCAUCGUCGCUCUCGUAGCCAAGCCUUCUCAAUUCUCACGCCGCCCCACUUCUGAAACCCAUCGGAUUUAUGAAGACCUCAUUGACAAAACCGGAACCGGAUCGGACUUAACCGAUUCUGCCUCCGAGGAAGUGGAGGAGAUUGUGUACCAGGACAAACAGAUCAUUGCGGAGGGGAGGGUUGGUUCUAAUUAUUCAACCGAUUGUGAAAUUGAAGUGAAGAACACGGAUCUGGAGUCGGAAUCGGGAUUGGGUCAGUCGAAAGUGAUUCUGAGGAGUUUGUCGGAGAAACUUAACCGAGAAUGUGUGAAAACGAAGAGUGAGAAGCUUCGACGAUCGGAGACAGAGAAGUGCGGGAAUCUGGAGUGUACGAAUGACAUUUUGUGUUACCAGGAUGAUUUGAGUAGUGAGGAAUUUCAGAGAAAGAUUGAGGCGUUUAUAGCUAAAGAGAAGAAGUUCCGUCGGGAAGAAUCUUCCGCCAUUGUGGUACUUCAUUGCGACGGUUAAUCUCCGGCUGAAAAUUAGAGGAUUAAAAAUUUUAAAAAGAAGAAAGAAGAAGAAGAAGAAGAAAUGGGGCGUACUAAUUAUGUUUGUGUAAUGUACAGAGUAAAAUUUCCUUUUACCUAGAGAAGGGUAAAAUUGGUAUUUCAAAUUCCUUCUUUUUUUAGAUUGAGGAUUUUGUUUGUCUGUUACUCGUCCUACUGUUGCUUGCUGGACUUGCAUUUCACAAUUGAUCUCUCGCGUUCGUUUUA